AUGGCUUCUUCAACAAGCAACGUCUGCCUCUACUUCCUCGCGAUCUUCCUCCCACCCGUCGCAGUCGUUCUCAAAGCUGGAUGCGGUGCCGAUUUUCUGAUCAAUAUCUGCCUGAGUAUUCUAGGAUGGAUUCCGGGAGUGAUUCAUGCUUGGUACAUCAUCAGCAAGAGGGAACGAGUGGCAGUGGCGUAA